AUGCUUCGAACUCUGGCCCGAUCUUCCCUCCGAUUCGCUCCCCGAGCCACCAUGGCUCCUACAAUGGCUCCUCUGACCAUGAUGCGACUCAACCACACCCUCAUCAAGGGCUCCAUUCCCGACAAGUACUCCAACAAGUACACCCUCAAGUUCACCGAGGAUCACGACUGGGUUGCCUUCCACGAGGACGGCGUUGCCUUCAUUGGUAUCACCAAGUACGCUGCUGAGGCCCUUGGAGAUGCCACUUUCGUUGAGGUUGAGGAGGCCGGUAACGAGAUCGAGAAGGACGAUGCUUUUGGAAACGUCGAGUCCGUCAAGGCUACCAACGACAUCAUUGCUCCCUUCGACUUCGAGGUGGUCGAGUCUAACUUUGACGUUGCCGACACUCCCUCUCUCAUCAACAAGGAGCCCAACGGAAACGGUUACCUCGCCAAGGUCAAGCCCAUCGAGGGUGCCGAGGAGACUGAGGGUCUGCUCACUGCCGAGGAGUACGAUGAGUUCCUCAAGAACGCCCACUAA